AUGGAGGCUUGGGGGAGACACAGGAUAAUGUUGACAAAAGAGGAGGAAGAAGAGAAGAAGAAGGGAAGGGAAGGUGCGAAAUCCAAAAACCCUACUGCUGGAAGUGGAAGUGGAAGUGGAAGCGAAGGGAGGGAGAAUCGAAGGAGGAAAGGGAUGACGAUCCAUUCGAUAGUGAUACAGAAGCUGCUGAGCACGAAUGCCCAGGUGGGUCGACGAGUUGCGACUCACCAUUUCAAGGAGUACACCUAUGGCUUCCGCAACAAGAUGGCCAUUAUCGACUCCGACAAAACCCUCAUUUGCAUGCGCAGCGCCUGCAACUUCAUCGCCGCCCUCGCCCGCCACAAUGCCCGCUUCAUGUUCAUCAACACCAACCCUCUCUUCGACGACAUCUUCGACCUCAUGACUAAAAAGGUUGGCUCCUACAGCUCCUCCACCCACUCCCUCUGGCGCAGCGGCGGCUUCCUCACCAACAGCUACAGCCCAAAGAAGUUCCGCUCCCGCAACAAGAAGCUCGUCUUUGGCCCCACCCAGCCUCCCGAUUGCAUCGUCGUUGUCGACACUGACCGAAAGUCUAACGUUAUUAGCGAGGCUUUUAAGCUUCAAAUUCCCGUUGUCGCAUUGGUCGACUCCGCCAUGCCCCUUGAUAUCUAUAAGCGCAUUGCUUAUCCUGUUCCCGCCAACAAUUCUGUUCAGUUCGUUUAUUUGUUCUGUAAUUUGAUCACCAAAACGCUGCUUCAUGAGAAGAACAAUCUCAAAAUUGAUUCUCGAGAAGAAGCACCGCGCAAGGGCAAGAGCGAUUUGGAUAAGUUUGGCUUAACCGUAGUUCCCUAUGCUAGUUUAGCUCCCUUACCCGAAGGCGUUUUCACAUCCAAAGCAGAUAUAGAGGAAACCAAAAAGCUUUUGGACAAGCUUGUUGUUUUGAAGUUCAGUGGUGCCAAGGGAAGAAAUAUGGAUUUUGAGGAUCCCAAAUCUGCAAUUAAUAUUAGUGAUGGACUAACAUUUCUGGAUUUGAUCAUUAACCAGCUUGAGACUCUCAACUCUAAGUAUGGAUGCAGGGUUCCAUUGCUUCUUUUCAACAAAAACGACAUUCAUGAUAGUUCUCAAAAGGUUUUGGAGAAGUAUUCAAAAUCAAGUGUUGAAGUACACACAUUGAAACAGGGUGAAGGUGGAGAAUUGAAAUCAUCGGGUGGACAUUCCAGUAAGGAGGAAGUGCAUCCAUUUGAUGAUGUUGAUGUGUUCCAUACACUCAUGACUGGUGGAACCCUUGAUUCAUUAUUGUCACAGGGUAAAGAGUAUAUCCUAGUGUUGAAAUCAGAAAAUGUGGCAACAGUUGUUGAUCCAAACAUACUAAAUCAUUUGAUGAUAAAUGAUAUUGAAUAUUGCAUGGAGGUGACACCAAGCCAUUCGUUUAACUUAAUCUUAACUGCUAUGAAAUUUAAGCUUCGAGAGAUUGCUCAAAACCAAGAUAAACAUUUGAAGGACAAUUUCAAACUCAUUGAUACAAGAAACAUGUGGGUGAGUUUAAGAGCCAUCAAGAGGUUUGUUGAUACUGACAAACUAAAGCAGAAGAAGCCCACAGUUUUGAAGGAUACAGCAACUGGAUCAACUAUACAGUUCUUUGAUAAUGUAAUUGGUGUCUCUGUGCCUGAAUCUCGCUUUCUUCCAUUGGAUGCAACAUCAGAUCUGUUACUUCUUCAGUCAGAUCUAUACACAUGUAGAGAAGGUGUUUUAACUCGCAAUCCAGCUAGAACUAACCCUUUAAAUCCUGUGAUAGACUUGGGGCCGGAAUUUGAAAAGGUUGGUGACUUCCAAAGUCGUUUCAAAUCCAUUCCAAGCAUCAUUGAGCUAGAUAGUUUGGUGGUGAGAGGUGAUGUGUGGUUUGGAGCUAAUAUUACUUUGAAGGGACAAGUGACUAUUGCUGCAAAACCUGGCUUGACAUUGGAAAUUCCAGAUGGGGUGACGAUCGAGAAUAAGGAGCUCAACGACCCUGCAGGUAUCUGA